CGCUGCGUAGCGGGCCCCGAGGCUGGGGGCGGAGGGGCCGGCGGUCGGGGCGCUUUUUCUCCGUCUGCGGCUGGGCUGGCGGCGUCUCCGGCCUCGGACACCCUGAGCCGACCUUCCUGCCAACCUUCCUGUCGGCCGCGCUCCGACGACCUCCCGGGACUGCCUUCCGUGCCGAGGUCCCCCGUUGCCGGGCUCCGGCCCCAGAUAACACCAUGGUGGGCGAGGAGAUGUCUCUAAGAAAACGGCUGUCAAAGUCCAGUGACGGUCCUGAAGAAAAGGAAGACCAGGGAAACCCUGCAAAGCAGGCCCCAGAAACACCUAGUAAUGGCCAGGUUGAUGUAAAAGAGAUAAUUGCAAAGAAGAAACAGUUGACAGCAGAGGCAGAGGAAUUGAAGCCAUAUUUUAUGAAGGAAGUUGGCACUCACUUUGAUGAUUUUGUGACCAAUCUCAUUGAAAAAUCAGUAUCAUUAGACAGUGGCGGGAGUACUCUCACAUCCUUUUCUGUUCUCGGAGGAGUGAACAACCAUAGAGCUAAAGAUCUGAGAGCACCUCCAGAACACGGAAAGAUUUUUGUUGUAAGGCGAUCUCUCUUAGAUGAGCUGUUUGAGGUGGACCACAUCAGAACAAUAUAUCACAUGUUUAUUGCCCUCCUCAUUCUCUUUAUCCUCAGCACACUUGUGGUAGAUUACAUUGACGAAGGAAGGCUGGUGCUUGAGUUCAAUCUCAUAUAUUAUGCCUUUGGCCAGUUUCCUGUUGUUAUAUGCACAUGGUGCGCCAUGUUCUUGAGUACACUUUCAGUUCCCUAUUUCCUCUUUCAACAUUGGGCCAGAGGCUACAGCAAGAGUUCUCAUCCAGUGAUCCAUUCUCUCUUCCAUGGCUUUUUUCUCAUGGUCUUCCAGAUUGGAAUUCUAGGUUUUGGACCAACGUAUAUUGUAUUAGCAUAUACACUGCCACCAGCUUCCCGUUGCAUUGUUAUCUUUGAACAGAUUCGUAUGGCAAUGAAGGUCCAUUCGUUUGUCAGAGAGAAUGUGCCUCGGGUACUAACUUCAGCUAAGGAGAAAUCAAAAACUGUUCCAGUACCCACAGUCAACCAGUACUUGUAUUUCUUGUUUGCUCCAACCCUCAUCUACCGGGACAACUACCCCAGGACUCCCACUAUAAGAUGGAGUUAUGUGGUUAUGCAGUUUGCACAGGUGUUUGGCUGCUUGUUUUAUAUGUACUACGUCUUUGAAAGGCUCUGUGCCCCCCUGUUUCGCAAUAUCAAGCAGGAGCCCUUCAGUGCUCGUGUUCUGAUCCUGUGUGUAUUUAACUCCAUCUUGCCAGGUGUCCUGGGGCUGUUACUUACUUUUUUUGCCUUUUUGCACUGUUGGCUCAAUGCCUUUGCCGAGAUGUUACGCUUUGGUGACAGAAUGUUUUAUAAGGAUUGGUGGAAUUCCACAUCCUACUCCAACUAUUACAGGACCUGGAAUGUGGUGGUCCAUGACUGGCUGUAUUACUAUGCUUACAGGGACUUUCUCUGGUUUUUCACUAAGAGAUUCAAGUCUGCUGCCAUGUUAGCCGUCUUUGCUGUGUCUGCUGUCGUCCACGAAUAUGCCAUCGCUGUUUGCUUGAGCUUUUUCUACCCAGUGCUCUUUGUGCUCUUCAUGUUCUUUGGAAUGGCUUUCAACUUCAUUGUCAAUGAUAGCCGGAAAAGGCCAAUCUGGAACGUCAUGAUGUGGACUUCCCUUUUUGCGGGCCAGGGAGUCCUCCUGUGCUUUUAUUCUCAAGAGUGGUAUGCACGUCAGCACUGUCCUCUGAAAAAUCCCACAUUUCUGGAUUAUAUCCGGCCACGUUCCUGGACUUGCCGUUAUGUGUUUUAGAAGAUUGGACUAGUUUCCUUCCUUGACACUGAAGAUUGGGUACUCUACCUGACUUGGGGCCAGCAUCUAUUACCAGCUAUUACUGAUGAAGUUAUUUGUGUUAUUUGGACCACUCCAUGCUUGACAGAUGACUCACUCCAUCCCUAGGUCAUCUGGAGCUGAGCUAUUGGAAGUUUACUGGAAUUAAUGUACACUUAAGCAGUGCUUUUUUUGUUUUAUUUUGUUGAGAAGGAAGACUUCCAGCUAACAUAAUGACAGAUGUUUGCUGGGUCAUAUUGGCUUAAGCCUCAGAAAUUACAUCUUUUGUUUCUUGACUAUCUAGAGACUAAACAUCAUGUUUUCUUGGCCAUUGAAUUAGCCAAAACACUUAUGAAGAAAUCAUUUAAAUACCUCUGGCUUAGAAAUUGUUUUCAUGCACACCGAUGGGAUGUAUGCUAAUUAACCAUGCAAUUGGGAUAGAAAAGAAUAUGGAACGUUUUGCUAUUUCUAUUAGAGAGAAAAUAUCUACUUUCCAAAGAUAAUCUUAUUAUAAAUCCUAAUUUGUGGGUUAGUUAUUGUUCUUCUCAGCCUAUAUUUUCUUGAAAAAAGUUUGGUUCUACCCAAGUUUUACCUUGCUUUUACUAUACAAUGUAAGUCAUGGUUUCUAUGAAGCAAAAUUACAUCUCUCACCUUGAAUUCUUGAAUUUUCAUUCAUAAUAUCUAUUGAGAAGAACAGAAAUAGGAUGGGAAAGAGAAAGAAGGCACAGGACAAAGAAAAAUACUUCCUCUUGUAACUUUUAAAAUAAUUUUUUAAAAAACUUGCGUAGUCAAUCAUGUAUUUAAAUUAUUUUAUCAUGGAACUUGUAUGGAAAAUAAUUUUUAAAAACUUUAAGGUCAUAACUUCUUUUAAGUUAUUUAGAAAGUAUCCUUUAGUACAGUUAUUUUGUUGUCUAAUAACUACUGACUAAUAACUAGUAAGUCUGUAACUGAAGUAUUAAUCGCCUCCAAUAAUAUUAAAGUGAUUUUUAAAGAUCCAGAAGCUGGCUUCUGUAUGUUCUCAAUUAUACAUUUAGUGGUAUUAUACUUUAGGUGAAACAAAUUAUUAUGUGCUCAUUUUCAGGAAAAUGUACUCUAUUGUGUGAUGUUCCCAUGUUAUAAGGUGCCCAUUGCUCAUAUAGUGUGGUGUGAGGACUUAUUUUGUUUGUAUGUAUGAGGUGUGACUAUGUAAAGAUUGAGCAUUUGGAGGGAGUAUCUGAGACCCUGCAUGUAGUUCAACUUUCCACCCAAAGAAGUAAGACUUACGAAUUAUUAAAAAAUUACUGUUAUUUAGGGCAGACAACUUGACAGGCCCUCUUGGAAUUCUAACAGUCUUACUGUUAUCCAAAAGGUUUGGGGAAAUCUUUUCCAAAAUAUUUUAAAGACAGUUUGAGUCUAUUAUAAUAAGAAGUAGAGAGAGUUUCUUAAUAGUCACAACUUAAUCUGUAGCACAUAUACUCAGUUUAAUCACCUAUUUCAUUCCCCAUAUCUUUGAUUCAGGUGAAUUUAGGCAGUUUUUAAACACCACAUGCAAUUUCAACAGACAGAAGUGCACCUCAAAGUUAUCUUCCACAUGUUCUUACACGGUAAUGGAACCAUAACCUCCAAACAGGACUGCUUUAAUAUACCUUCUAAUUACUGGUGUUUUUAUUAAAAAUUAAAAUUAGUCAACCACUUACAUUUACAACUGCAGUUUAAAUAUGAGGGAGCUGAUAAAAAUGAGCUUGAUGUAAAAUUUGGUUAUGAAUAAGCCAACCUAUUAAAGUGAGAGAAUGAAAUUCUUAGUUCUGUAUUUCUGUUAAGUAAUGUAAACAUAUACUCUCAUAGAGAGGACUUUGUUGUUCUGUACUGAUUCUAAAUACUGUAUUUGUUGGACUGAUUAAGGCUAUUUAAAA